AUGAAUAUGCAAACGAACAACCAACAACCAACAUCAAUAUUCACAAACACAUCAACUCAACAACAACAACACUAUCAUCAUCUUCCAAUAACCUUGGAAAUAAAGAAAUUAAUUUCCACUCAACAACAACAACAACAACAACAUCAAUAUAUAUUGAAUGUAAAUGAUGAAAAUAGUACACCACCUGUUUCAAAUCCAAAUUCAUUGACACCAGACACAACAGAUAUACCGACACCUUCAUCAUCUUCAGCAACACCAAUAUCAUCAUCGUCGUCAUCGUCAACAUCACCAAAAGAUUCAUCAUCUUCAUCAUCUUCAUCAUCAUCAUCUCAUUCAGAAGAAUCAUCUUCAGAAGGAUCUGCAGCAAUAUCACCUACCGUUGGAACCAAAUCAAAUACAUUUAAAACUGAUUUUCCGAUUAUCACCAUUGUGAACACCAAAAAGUCAAACAAUGCAUCAGUUCCUUAUGUUCUUAGUCAAAUUCAAGAUAAUGAAUCAGAGAGAAAUUGUAAAGGCAAAACUUUUUGUACACUUGCCGGUGAUCUCACUGCAAAAUCUGUCUUUAAUGUAUCAUAUGCAAGUGCUUAUGAUAAAUGUAUAGGCAUGUUAUCAAAUAUUUAUUCAAGAGAUGGUUCUGUACAUUGUAAAAUAUCUACAUACAACACUGAAACUGAAAAAAUGGUUUCAAAAAAUUUUAAUAUAAACAAAAAAUGUACAAAUAUCGCUAUUGAUGAUAGAUUUAUUUGGAUUACCUAUGACAAUAUUUUAGAAGUAUUUACACACGAAGAGGAUUGCGGUGGAAUUUUACCAACUGAUAAGGGAAAGAAAUUUGUUAAUGGUUCAACAUAUAUUUUCUCAGAUCCAAAUUCCAGACCAGACAGAGCCAUCUAUGUUUAUCAAUAUUCAUCACAAGUACUUUCAAAGUAUACUUAUCCAACCAGUUUGAAUUCACUUACCGAAGUCAGUAAGGUAAAUGUUGGAAAAGCAUGUCAUAUUUCACCAAUUGGUAUACCAGACAAAGUUUCUGUCAGUUAUCCAGAUGGUUUUAGAAUUUUUAAAGUUAGUACAUCUCAGUCCAGAAACUUUGAAGUCGGUGAUUCUAGUACUGGAACCGACUUUUGUGGUCCAUUCGUUCAAAAUGGUUUAGAUGUUUUCUCUUUACCAAAAGUAGGAGGAAAACAAUUUAUUAAAAUUGUACCUGGUUUGGAGAUUCAUGUUAGCAAACCUUGUGUCAAUUCAUCAAAUGGUAGAAUCGUUAUUGAAGGUAGUACCGAAAGAUACAACUUCACUUGGAACGAUAUCAAUUCGACUUCACCAAUCAGAAAUAUGUUGACUAAAGGCAUUUACACUGUUACUAUCACUGCAAGAGAGAUUGAUGUUUCGAAUGUAAAGGAGAUCGAAGUUUACCCACCAAAUGAUCCAACUCAUGCCAAUGUAAUCGGUACAUGCCAAGGUGAAUCGUACGGUGGACUAAACUUCUCACUGCCAAGAGAUCCUCAUUUAAAUUACACUUAUGUCCUGGUUGAUGGCAACUUCACCCACAUCAAUUCAUCUGGUUUCUUUGAUGGAUUAAAGUCCAAAAACUACACUGUAAACAUUACAACAGUCGAUCAAUAUGAAUUCCAAUGUAACUAUUCUGUUUCACUAAACGUAAUAGAAGGAAUGAUGCCACCAAAACCAGUUAUUGUUACUCAAGGUUCUACUUGUUUCAAUAAAUCGGAUGCAACCAUUACAAUUAUGAAUUAUCAGCCUGAAAGAUAUGUUUAUAAAUUGUAUCCACCGUCACCUGUACCAAUCAACAAUGGAACCUAUAUUAAUCUUUUUGGAUCAACUGUUAAAGAUUACAAUCUUAUGGUAUAUAAUGCUAAAGCAGGUCUACAAUGUAAAACAAUAGCAAUCAUAACAUUACCAGAACCACCAAAAUUCAAAUUCCCAUUUUUUAAUAUUACCAAACCACCUCAAUGUUAUGGAAAGAAUUCAUCAAUGACAAUUGAGGUUAUCAAAGGUUUAGAAUGUAUUUUAUCACAUACCACCAACAAACUUAUAUAUGGAUCGUAUCUCAGUGCAAACGGUACCAACUUUUAUAGAAAUCUACCUGCAGGAAACUAUUCUUUAGAGUGCUUUGUACCGUCUCGUGAUGGAUCAAUAUGUAACAAGAAAACGACCUUCAUCAACAUCAACCAACCAACUCGUGUUCAUCUCAAUUCAACAAAGCUGAAUCCCAAGUGCAACAGAGAUGGUAAGGAGAAUAUGUUGCUAUAUGCAUAUGGAGGAGUACCCAUCAACGGAUCGUCCUACAUGUUCGUAGGAAAGUAUGCCAAUGCCACUGGUCCAGCACUGAAUGUCUCUUACUGGGUCGACGGUGUAUACUCUGUCAAUAUUACAGAUGCACAGGGUUGUGUAACCACCUAUGACAACUUUACAAUUAGCAGACCAUCUGCAUGUGCUCUGGUGCUGGAUCAACAUGGAAUACCAAUCAAAGGUGGUGGAUUCUCUCUGAUCCAACCAGGAAAUGAUUUAGCACUUGCACUAGGUGUUGGACUUGGAGUUGGAAUUCCUGUUCUCGUUGCAGCAAUCGUAGGAGGUGUAUUUUUAUAUCGUAGAAGACAACGGGCAACUAUCACUCCAUCUCGAGCACCAAACACAAUACCAAUAUAUCUAGGAGUAGAAAAAUAUCAUCAUUAA